AGGAGGAAAUUGGUCAUAGAUAGGACCUGUUCUGGCAGAGAAAUAACAGAGAUUACGCCUCAGUGAUUAGUCGUAAUAUAGAGUUCUUUGAAAUAACUACUUUUUCAUUAAGAUAAUGAAAACACUCAGUAUGGAACUACUUUUUGGGAGGAUUUUUCCGUCAUAGUGCGUAUUGGUAACCGUGAACUGUGCUAUUUAAUUAUCAUUACUUUAUUAUGAAAAUUAUUUACGUACGGGAACUUUAUAUACGCACUCAAUAGAUAUAAUAUAACAAAAGAAUGGCAAUUUCGGAACUAAGUGAAAUUGACAAUAGUAACGUAGAUUCGGCUGUCAAAAUAAGUAACAAAUUAUGCUUGGACUGAAUAUAGCAUCUGGAUAAAUAGAAAAUAGAAAAACCGCAUGUCUUUAUCACUAGGGCCGAUUAGAGAUUACAGUUUGAAAUUUUAGUUGACGACAGAUUCUAAAAGGAGAAAUAUUUGUGAUUGAAUUUGGAAAUAUAUACAGCAGUAUUGAUUCAACAUGUCUGCUUCAAGAGUUUUGCUACAGCUUACAGUCGUCAUAUAUCAUACAUACAUACUUGUUGAAGGUAAUGCUCAGAUUACAGUGACUCCAUUUCCGGCUCUGAUUUUUCAUGGUGCUGUUCAAAACGUACCCGUCCUCUCGGUGACUGCCACAGACACCGAUACAGGCCAACCCCUACAAAGCGUUGCCCUUACAAACAGUAGGGAUUCGGACUAUUUCAAGCUUAUCCAACAACCCCGGGUACCUAAUGAAUGGAUUCUAAAGGUUAAAAAAACAAUAGACAAACCAGUAGGGUACGUAUUUACAUUCAGCGUGUACGGGUACUACAACCAGACUCCACAAGACCGACGUAUCCAGAUCAAUGUUACGGAAGAGAACGAGCACGCACCGUCAUUUGAACAGCAAGAGUACACGUUCGUGGCUUUAAGAAACGGUCUUGAUUACAACUUGACAGAUAUAGGAACCGUAAAAGCGGUUGAUGCAGACACAGAAAUUUAUAAUAAACAGUUUCAUUAUCAUAUACUUGAUCCACAUGCUGAGCGGUAUUUUCUAGUUGAUCUGGAGACAGGCCUCAUCGAGAUGACGGGAAAUAUUCCAGCUGGAGUCAGUAACGUAACGUUUAGCGUUACGGCGAUAGACGGCGGGUCACCGCAGCGGCUUAAUACGACCGAUGUUACCGUAAUAAUUACUGAUCUCCGGCCACCGGAUGUAUUUUGUGUGGCAGUAGAGGAAUCCAUUGCAAGAGUCUGUUGGAAAGACCCGACUAACGGAAGUUACGUCAUGAAGUACGAACUUCUUUUCAAAAUGGACGACCAGAACGCGACGACGGUUCCCGUUCGCGUAGAGGGCGUAAAGGAUGAAACAUGCAGUAUAGUUACAGGAAACCAGCUUGGCCGGAACUAUACAUUCUCUGUGCGUGUCUUUAAUGGAUUAGAAUGGAGUCCAGAAAGUCUUCAAAGAAAAGUUACGAUCGAAAAGAAAGGUCUGUAUGGAAGUUGUCCCGACUUUAGCAACUGCAGCGUCUGGGAGCCAUGUCAAAACAAAGGGGAGUGUCUCGUGAAUCAGGACAUGUCUUACACGUGCAACUGUUCGAAGGGAUGGGGCGGAGUCAACUGCACGGACGUGGAUCUUUGUGCAUCGGCACCGUGUAGGAACGGGGGCACGUGCGUGUUCACGGGGGAUAGGAAUUACACAUGUAAUUGUCCAGACACACAUUACGGUAAUGUUUGUGAAUAUUUCAAUAUAUGUUCGACUAUUCCUUGUAAAAAUGAUGCACUUUGUAUGAAUGGAAAUAAUACUUUCACAUGUAUUUGUCGAGAUCAUUUUGUAGGAGAGCUAUGUGAAACGCCUGACCCGUGCGUACCGUCACCUUGUAUGCACGGGAAUUGUUCUUCAGCCAAUAACAAGAACUUCAGUUGUUCUUGUCAGAACGGCUACUUUGGUGAUUUAUGUGAAAAUGAGGAUAUAUGUGCGCUUUACCAGCCUUGCAAUCAGGGCUCGUGCACGGCAAACAAUGUAUCUUCAGAAAUUGCUGACGAUAAAUAUACGUGCUCGUGCAAUGUCGGAUAUCGCGGGAAAAGGUGUGACAAUUUAGAUAUGUGUGAGCUAACUUCAAUGAAUGGUAUGGAAUUGUGUAGAAAUAAUGGAACCUGCCAUUAUAAAGAAAUAAGUUCCUACAACUGCGUUUGCGCUGAUGGAUUCUGGGGUGCAGAGUGCCAGUACUAUGACCCUUGUUACGACAAGCCCUGUGGAACCGGAAACUGCAAAAACGUGUCGGAUGAAGAAUACAUUUGUGAAUGUCAUGGUGGAAAUUUUGGAAGAAAUUGUGAACAUUUUAACCCUUGCUAUGACAAACCAUGCCAUUCAAAUAUUCAAUGUCUGAAUAUUUCUGAUACAGACUAUAGAUGUAUCUGUCCAGUAGAAAGAUUUGGGAAGAACUGCGAAAAGAUAAAUGGAUGUAAUAUUAAUUUCUGUCACCACAAUUCGUCAUGUCUGAAUGUGACUGAAGCGGGUGGUGUCGAAUGCGUUUGCCAAUCGGGAUAUUCAGGGAAGUUUUGUGACAUUUACGAUCCGUGUCUUUUGCAGCCAUGCAUGAACAACGCAUCUUGUUCAAGCUCUUCCGGUGAAUUCACUUGCGCAUGCGUAUCUGGUUACCGAGGUGAUAAAUGCCAGUAUACCGAUCCAUGUGCGGAAAAUCCGUGUUGGAACGAAGGUACGUGUGUACAAAGUGCCACGAAUGUAACGAAAUACCGGUGUUUGUGUGAAAACAUAUUUUAUGGAACGCAUUGUGAAAAUCUGGAUUUCUGUAAACUUGGCCACGAUUGUGAAAAUGGCGGUACUUGUAUCAUACAGGAGGGCCGAGAGGCUUAUGAAAUUGAACUGAGGGGAAACCUUACCUCUUCAAAUCAGGUCAAUGUCACAAAUCGUCCAACUUGCGUAUGUCUCCAUGGUUACUCUGGAGAUCGUUGUGACAAGAUUUCACCUUGUGUUCAGUCUCCGUGUGGUAAAGGUCAUUGCGUGCAGAAAGGCGAAGGUCAUGUCUGCAACUGUCCAGACGGAAUUGUGCGCAUCAGCUGCGAGGAAGUAUUUUGUGAAAUUGACGACUCAUUUUAUGACAAGACCGGCUGGUAUACCUGGCCAAGGACAAAAGCAGGGGACACCACCCAGGUGCUCUGCAGACAUGGCCCCAACAGUAUAUUUAGUACUGGAUAUGCCUCGCGCUACUGUAAUGUUGAUGUCAACGGUACAACUUUCUGGGACAUUCCGAACACUUCACAGUGCUUGGAACUUCAAACGGAAGAUGUGAGCCAGAACCUUCGCAACUUGGCCACUCUGACGAAGGACGCUUCCGGUCUAAGAUCUGAGGAAAUUGCAAACAUCACCAGCACCCUCGAGGAGUAUUUCUUCUUCUCUUUUGAAAAUAUCGAAAUCGCAAAGGAGAUGACAAUGGUUGUAGGGAACUUACUGGAUGCCAAUGAAACAGUAAUGAUUGAGAGCAACUUCAAAAACCACUCCAGUGAAAGGUUGCUAUGGUUACUAGAAGAGUAUUCUAAAAGAGUUAACACGACUGGUGAAAUUGUCAUAGAAACUGAAAAUAUUAACUUGCAAGUUGUGAACCAUACUGUUCCAGACACAAGCUACAGUUAUACGCCUCAACUUGAACAAAAUAACAUCAAAAGAAAGGGUGGCAUUAACCUCAAGCUGCCAGCAGAAGCUCUGACAUCAUCAGACGCGGAGGAAUUUCCUCGUAUCCGGCUGAUGACAUUUCGUUCGUCGUCCUUCUUUAUACCGGAAGAGGCUCCGCCACAGGAAGUAGUCAUGAAACAGUGGGUUGUUAGCGCCGUAGUGCAAGAUCGCAAGCUGGAGAACCUUACAACACCUGUUGAAAUAACUGUCAAGAAUAUUGAGGAUGGUGUAAAUCAUUCAUGCGCUUACUGGGAUAUAAAAAAUCGAACUUGGUCAGAUGAAGGUGUUGUUACCCUUGAAAGAGGACAAAACUAUACCAAGUGCUUAUCCUACCAUCUAACAAGUUUCGCAAUCUUGCUUGACCCAAGCCCUGACCACGCCCUUUCUGCUGAGCACGAGCAGAUAUUGACGUACAUAUCAUACAUUGGUUGUGGUAUAUCAAUGUUAGGGCUAAUUCUUACACUUAUUACAUACUCUAUAUUCCGCCCUCGUUCUGCAUCAAUGUCUAGAUGUCUGAAUCGUGAAAAGUCCGGCAAGAUUCUGAUGAACCUUUGUGCCUCCAUGUUGCUCCUGAACGCCUUCUUUUUUCUUGGGUCUGAGACAUCUUUAUCACUGUCUGGAGACGGCAUGUGUAAGGCGGCCGCCAUCUUGCUUCACUACUUCCUGUUGACCACACUCACUUGGAUGCUUGUUGAGGCGAUCAAUAUGUACCAGGCGCUUAUUACCGUUUUCACAAAAUAUUCCGGAUUUUUCAUGCUGAAAAGAUGCAUAUUUGCAUGGGGGGCUCCUGCUUUGAUAGUCAUUGCAACAGUGGCUAUUAGCGUAGACAACUACAAAACUACGACAGAACUGUGCUUCUUAUCACAGGGCAACCCUCUGGCUUUCUACAUUGCUCUCCUUGGUCCUGCUUGUCUGAUCCUCCUCAUCAACUUUGCCGUUUUCAUCAUGGUUUCUCGCGUCAUCUUGAAGCCAAAGUUCCAUGGUCAAGUUGGAAGGAACGCGUCUGAUUCGGUAACGCCUGCGCAGAUUCGCGGCGCAUUCACCGUAAUGACGCUUCUUGGAGUCACGUGGGUCUUUGGACCGUUUGCCAUAAAUGAAGCCAAAGUUGUGGUAAACUACAUUUUCACGGUGUUAAACUCUUUACAAGGGUUUCUAAUCUUUGUGUUCCGGUGUUGUUUUAACCCGGAAGUAAGAAUGGCUUGGGUGAUGUUGAUAAAAACGGGUAAGUUCAAGAGAAGGAAGGGCCCAGCCACUGCUUACACCUCUGACUCUACUUCCUCCAAAAGUGAGAGCAAACUUAAUGGAAGUGUUAAUGAUACAAUGAAAUCUAAUGUAUAUAACAGUCUUGGAAAGCAGCGAAAUGUAUUAAACAAUGACAAAAAUCUGGUUUCCAAGAAUACAAAUAUGCAAGCCAAAACAUCUAAAGAUCUCCAUGGUUACUUUGACGACACGCAAAGGCACCGAGGACGUGAAAAAAGAAGUGGAAGUUCCGAGAACACAAGAUUGUACGGGAGAAACUAUGACAAUUAUGAUCGAAAUGGUUUCCAUAGUAACGGAAAUCACCAAAGACGUUCUAGCGAUCAGAACGCCAUUACUACUAUAUACACGGGCCAGUAUAACGGUGGGGUAAAAAGGCAUUCUGGGUUGAUAUCUCACCAGGACGAGUUUACAAGACUUUGAAAAGAAUAUAUAAAUUAUACCAAAGUGAACAAUGAAAUCAUAAGAUGUCCCGAAGGGCUGUAAAGAUAUAUAACUGAGUUUGGAGAGCAGCCUUACCUUAAGCCAGAUUUGAAUCAGCCAAUCGGAUGCUAGAUUUUUUAUUGGAAUAAGCCAAUCACAUGCUAGAGCUUUAAUUGGAAUCAGACAAUCACAUGCUGGAGCUUUGAUCGGAGUCAGCCAAUCAGAAACUAGAGCUUUGAGAGCGGUCUCCAAAACUGAAAUAAAGUAUAUAAUGUCAAUAGUUUACUACCAGGACGCAUAUUUUGUACACUGUAGUAAUAAUAAAUGUAUUAUAGUACCGAGGAAACACAGUGUAUCUGUUUCUUUUUUUCUAAGUGAGGAAGACCAUGGUGGAAGAUAGUAAAAAUAAAAUUGGAGAUCAGUCUCAACUAUUUACAAUCUGGUUGGUUGAUUUUGAGCACAGUCGUCAAAUGGACCAAUGACAAACUCGUUUCGAAACUUGAGUUUUAUAUCAUUUGACUCAGUGUUAAACGUUUGAAGAAAUAUUGAAGGAAGUACUAACGAUUUAGAAAGGUGUGAAAACAAGUAUUUACCGUUGCAUCAUAUAGGGAUUCAAUCACGAAAAACAAAAUGUAUUAACCCAUAGAAUAGUAUCUUUUGGAAGACUUUUUAUAUUCAGUCCAACCUGUAUUAUUCUAAAUACUAUGCUUUGGAGAUCCAAACAGUGGUCCUUUAACACAAAUUGAAAUACACCGCAAAUAUUUAAAUGAGAUAAAAUGCAGUUGUCAGUAGAGACAGGUAGUCGGUAUUCACAUGUUAUCUUUCUAACAGGCUUGACUGUAUAUGACAACAAGGAAUAACGAAAGAUUAGGAAGAAUAAUUUAGAAAUGAGCUCUUUGUUAGAUUUGUUUCAACUGUAUAUGUAAGAACUGUGUUUGUGUUUAUGAUUACGGGCGUUUAUGAUCUGUUUGUAGUUCUUGUAAUUAGUAAUUGUGAAAAAUAUUUCUGGCAUGCAAUGAGGGUGUUCCGUGUGUGCAACAAAAAAGGCGUUUAUACUAGAAUGAUAUUUCAUUUAAUAUUUUGUUAUAUAUUAUGAUGUUUUAUUUAAUAUCCAUUUUUCACAGUAUUACAUUUACAUAAAAUACCAUAUUGCUUUAGUAUUUACCGAUGUAUCCAAAAAUGUGACGUUUUGUAAAUGUUAUUAAUUAUUCACAAAAAAUGUAUCUUGGUGUGUGUCAGUAGCCUUUUCACGAGUUCAUUCAAGUAAGCUGUAUUUUUUUACGAAACAAAAACUCAUUUUCUUUAGUCUUAAUACAGAUUUUCAACUUAUGUUUGUAAUAUGUGAAAUGGUGUCAUUUUCGUAAUUUUACAAUAUUACAUUUGAGCCGUGCCGUGGGAAAACCAACAUAGUGCGUUUGCGACCAGCAUGGAUCCAGACCAGCCUGCGCAUCAGCGCAGUCUGGUCAGGAUCCAUGCUGUUCGCUUUCAAAGCCUAUUGCAAUUAGAGAAACCGUUAGUGAACAGCAUGGAUCCUGACCAGACUGCGUGGAUGCGCUGGCUGGUCUGGAUCCAUGCUGGUCGCAAACGCUCUAUGUUGGUUUUCUAAUGGCUCAUUUGAUCACAUAGUUUUGUGUAGGCACUUAUAACUUGUGUAAAAAUAAAAUACUAUUUCUUAGUGAUAAUGUUUAUAACAAAGGGCUUAUAUCUUCGUGUGUGCAAACAUACUUGGUAUGUUAGAUUGAUAGUAUUGCGAUUACAAUGUUCUUGAAAAUUAUUUAGAAAUGUUUAUUAAUUAUAAUACUGAUAGUAAUAUAGUUUUCUCCCUCACAUUAUAAAACAGCUAAAGCGCCAUUAGUUCUUUUGCCAGUAAGUUAAAAAUUACUGAACGUACAAUUUGGAAAUUUAGUCUUAAACAAUAUGUUGUGGUAAGUUUUCACAAUAUAAAAUAUCAAAUUAUGCUAUGAUAUAAAUUUGCUCAUUUUACGACUUCAAUCAUCUUUAAAAAGUCACAAAAAUAAACUAAAACAUCUAGAAUUUACAAACUAGCGAAAAACGUUAUGAGGGAAGAAAAUGGCAACUAAAACAGAAUAAUGGCGUUGUCAUGAGCAUUUGAUAAUGUGUGUGCGAAAUCUAAUCAUUUCCUAGUAAAAAAUCAAAAUCUACUCUACCUUAUUUCUAUAAAUUGUAUUUCGUUUUCUGAAAACGCAUCUUUCAUUUGUAUUUUGUGACUUGUUUAAAAAAAAAGAAUGUGGGGGGGGGGGGGGGGGGCUUUGAUAGUAAAAUGAAUAAAAUUAUAUUUUUUGCGGAAUUUGAUAAUACUGAAAUUUUGAUAUGUUAAUAUUAAUAGAUCGGUCUAACUGUGCCUUUUAAGAAAUGUACUUUCAGUAUUUUUUACACGAUUUGCAAAAUAGAACAUAACGGGUUAGCUCUUUGGUUCUGUAGAGAAUAUAAUUAAGUGUUUAUCAUUUUUCUCUGUGUACCUUGUUGAAAUUUCUGUCUAUAUGAACGAAAUAAUUCGCCAUGUUUGAUGAAAAUCAUCAUAUAUCGUUUGAGAUAUUCAGAUUAUUUCAGAAUCUACAUUUUGUUUGGUAACUUGCCUGAACAUUUUAGCCAUUUAAUUAAUCUAGAAUUACUAUUUAACUCAAUUUCUUGUUGGAUUCAUAUACUUGAUACAUGUCUUAGGCCAUUCCAAACUGAUUUGUAGUUCUUCAGAUCGACUUCAUUAAAAAUUUCUUCUUUGAGAAAAAAUCAUGACGAAUUAUUAUGUCCAUAACUCAGUGAAGCAUUAGUACUGAACCCAUUAGAAGUAAUAUUCUAAAAAUGGCGAUAACUUUGUUUUAUUUCUGAACGAAAUGAAUAGGUUUAUGCACUCAUUUUCUUAGUUAGCACAUUUCCUAGCUGGUGAUCAUUGUUUCGAUUCAAAUUUUGAUAAAAACGAUGAUUUUGAAAUCUUUGGUGCGGAGAGCAAAAUCAUUUAAAUGGAAGGUCCAUUCUUCGUUUGGUAUAUGCGGUUUUUGUAGCAUUAACACAUGUAUUAAUACCAGAAAAAUAACCCUAUAAUACUUUGGGAGUAAUGUGUGUAUAUUUGUUCCCUAAACUUUCUUCCAGUAUUCAGAGACUUUUUAACAUUUUGAAAAGUACAUAAUAACGUUAAAAUCAUUUUCUAGCGUAAGAGAGCAUAAAAACUACUUCGAUAUAUGUAUUCAUUUAACAUCAAUAAUUGUGAUUGUAUAGUACAUAUUAUUUAUGUUUGUAAAUGUGCAUUGGAUUUAAAAUAAAACAACUAUACCUAAAA